UUCAAAAUAAAUUUCAGUUGAAGUUUAUGGUUUGCAUGCAAUCGAAAGUUCUCCAAAAAAGUUUGAGUUGUGAUUUACUAAAAAUGGAUGAAACUUAUGUGUAUGAAAAAUCAGUUGAAGAUCGUUUAAGUGAUUACAAUGAGAUACUUCGCAUUGAUGGACGAAGUAUUCCAGCAUCACAAAUUCAACGCGAAUGGUCGUAUCACCUUGAAUUGGCUAUUGAUCCUGCUGGAUGGCAAGCACUUUGGAAAAUACCCCAAAAAGAUUGUGAGUUUUAUGAAAUUGCUUAUCCAAAUAUUGUCAUUGUUUACGUGGAAGAUAUAUCAUUCAUUACCUUAGUUGCACGAGCUAAGGUCAUCGCUGUAAAAAAUGACAUCCAUUUACCAGAACAGUUAGAAGUGAACUUAAUAGAUUUAUAUCCGACCAUCGAACAAGAUCAAACAAUUGCGUUAAAUAUGUCUUCAACAGCAGAGAAUAUCGAUAUGCUACGUUAUUUUUACAAUAACGUAUGGAUGCCUUGGGAUCAGGAUGAUGAUGAAACUGACUGGCCUAGUGUUCACUUAGAAUCUCGAGUACGACUCAGUUUUGAUUUAAAAUCAGGGUCAAUGCCGCGUAAUGUUUUAGUGAAGAUAAAAUCAUUAAUUAAUGAGGGAAAAUCGAUUAUCGAUAAACUUCGAACACUUGAAGAGGACUUAGGUGAUUGUGAUGAAAUCGAAGCUGUAAAUCCAAAGAAAAUUUAUGAACUAACAACGUUGAAUAUUCGUUUAGUUCAAAUUCGUACCGAAUUUGAGAUAUACGAAAAUGUAGAGCUACGCAAAGUUUUGAUUAGUGAACAAAAACAAGAAAUAAUUUUAUCUAAACCUAAAAAUUGGGUGGUUUUAACAUCGAAAUCAAUUUCAGAACAUAUUAAAUAUUUACAAGCGUAUGAAAAUCUAAAUCCAGACACAGUUCCACAAACUGCAGUGACCCUAAAAAAUGCUUUACGAAAUGCUAACAUUUUUGAUAAAAUUUACUUAGAUAAUGGAAUUUAUCAAGUAAAUUCUUUGGAUAAUUUGGAAAGUGGUGGUAAAAUUCAAGGACUCUUUGAUAGUGUCAUUAUUCAUGAUGAAGAUAAAGUGAUCACUCUUUUCGAGAUAUUCGGUAAAGAUGUACAAUUUGAAAAUUUACAUUUACGGUUAAAAUAUGCAACCACCGGUAUAUCAGUAAAGCAAGGUCGGGUUAUUAUGAAAGAUUGUACAUUGAAUUGCGAAGAAAAAUCGUUUAUUCGGCAGGGGAUUCUUGUACAUUCGGGCUGUGAAUUAAUUAUGGAAAAUUGUAACCUUAGCGGUUUUAAUUUUGCGAUUGUUUGUAAACCAAAUGGGAAAAUUCAUUUAUCGAAUUGUACAUUGAAACAGAACAAUACUGGAAUUAUGUUAUUUGAUGGAUCGAACAUUACAAUUGAAGAUUGUUUUAUUCAAGAAUGCCUGGAUUAUGGAAUAUGCUUUGAAUCAUUAAAUAUGCCGAGUGGAAUUGUGAAUAUAGAAGAGUUUAAAAGUGUUCCAGGAAUCUUGUUAUCUAAUAUUAAACUAGAAAAUAAUAUCAAAGGUGAUAUAAAAAUAAUCGAAAAGAAAACUAGUAUCAAACAAUUGUGUGCUGGAGUAACACCAAUGAAAAAAAGUCAUUUUAAAGAAAAUUUACAAGAAAAACUAUGUGAUUUGAAAGAUGAUGUUGACAUGGAAGGGAUUUCUCCAUUGAGCUGAACUUAUGUACUACAAUUGAAACAAAUAUGUUUAUAAAAAUGUGAUUAA